AUACAUUUGGCACCAAAACCAUGGAUUCUGAACCUUACUGCACCGCCGUUAACAAAUCGCUCAACUUCCUGUAGUUCCCGGCGACUUUCAAUUAUCCGGUGAAAGACCUUCACCAAAUUUCCCUUUCCCACACAAAUCCAGGCUGUACUGCAAUUAGUAUUUGAUUUGUUAAACAACUCAACAAUUCCUGAAGAAAUCCAAGUGACUGAUGAGAAUUUGACAAUUACAAAGCUUCUUUCAAUUACGAUACAAGUCACAUAAAGGUCGGAGAUCAAUAUUUGACGUUUUUUCGAUUUGUUUCUGCUCCGGUGAUCGGCGACCCGGCAUAAGGCGGUGUUUCGAGGAGAGAAUCCGGUGAAGAAGGAGGAGGAGCAGCAGAUGUUUGUUUUGUUCUUAAAUGAGUGAUUCUGGAGGGUCCGGACCUUGGCACCUGCUCAAUCACCUAGGAGCUGACAAUGCUAUUCAUUGUUCAUGCUAUCUUUCAUGAAGGUUUGAAUCUCUUGAAGGUCCUUUUGCCUCCAUGAUUUGUUAGCUAUGAAACUGGACAGUGACUCUUCAUUUUACCAUUCAAUGACCAGCCCGAACGAUGCUCCAGAAUCUCUCGAAUGCAAUUACAGCAGUACUGUGUUGCAACACCGGGUCAUGACUAAUAAUCCAACUGGCCUCUCAUUUCAACAGAAGAUAAACCAGGAAAAUGUUGUUCAAUCUUCACAUUCUUCUUGUGAUGGGAAUAGUUGCAUGAUUACUAAGAUUAACCGGUCGUCUACAGAUGUUUUUGAUGAUAAUAAUGCUGAAGGUAUUAGUGCAUUUGGGGCAUCAUCCAAUAUGAAACCCUCAUUCUCAUAUGUUGACAAAAGUGUCAUGGAAUGUCAAAUGUCAAAAACGAUAGUCUGUGACCAAGAAGUUAAUGUCAAUGAUGUGAAGGAUAUUUGCAUCGAUGAUGGGGUGGCUUCUCUGGAAAAUUUCUUCUUUAAGAGUACGGCCGAGAAGUCAAUCAGUAAAAUCUCCCCUCUGGAGGAAGACCGGAACGAAGGAUCUAUAAAAGAAAAAGAGACUUCUUCUGAGGUGUCCAAGUUCAUAGCAGAUGAUCGUAAAGUUUCUUUAGAAGAUCACUUUGCCAUGGACUGGACUACUCAUAAUGAUGCGAAGGACUUGACACAGAUAGAGGAAGAAAAACUCAAUCUGAGCGAGCCAGAGCUUUUGAUGCAAAAGCUUGUUAAAAGAAGUUACUCUUCCGAGUCUUUAGAUAAAAUAGGUCUGCAGAUAUCUGGUGAAAAAACAAAUUUGGAAGACCCUUCUUCAGCUUCCAAAUCUGUUGAUUCUUGCAACGACACUCCUGCUUUGGACUCUGCAGCAGAACCACCCAAGGAUAACAUCCCAGCGCAUCCUUCAGGUUAUAAUGAUGAAUUUGAGAAUGGAAGUAUUGCACUUACUUUCAAUUCGAUAUCUCCAGUGGCAAAUGGUGGAGAAGAACGUCAGGAGUGUUGUGGAAGAAGUGAUUCUGUAAUUGGAACUCAAGUUUUAACCAAUCUGGAAUAUAGAACUUCAGAUAGUAGACUACUUUCAAGUCAAAACAUGCACGACAUUGGCGAGUCUAGUUUCUCUGCCGUAGAUCCACUAGCUAGUCUUGUUACUUACUCAGGGCCAGUAGCUUAUUCUGGAAGCAUCUCGCUUCGAUCAGAAAGUAGCACAACUAGCACACGUUCUUUUGCCUUCCCUAUAUUACAGUCCGAAUGGAAUAGUAGCCCGGUUAAAAUGGUAAAAGCUGAACGAAGGCAUUACCGAAAGUAUCGAGGUUGGAGGGAGGGACUUCUAUGCUGCAAAUUCUAACUGGUUCUGUGCUAUUUCUAGAGUUAGACUCUGUUUGUGCAUCAUCCAAAUUUAUUUUCACACACAUGUAAGUAGAUGUAUUAUUUCCUGGAGGUUAUGCAUUUCAUUCAUAGUCAUUCUUUACAGUUUGGCCUAUUAUGUGAAAUUUAAUGUAUUUGUAAUACUUCAUAUCUCUCUUUUCUCUGGAAAAUUUCUCCAGUGGACCAUAUUUCUCCAUUAUACAAGGAUGGCAAAGCAUGAAAUGGUUGCUCUGUUUAUAGUGAUUUUAUGGCCAUGAUAUUGGAUAGAAGUUUUCUUGUUUU